GUUUCCGGCAAGGUAUGCACGAAAAUGUCUUCCACGUGUUUUUUGUAUUUAUUUUAUGGAGAAAAUACAAUUUUAAAGCGGGAAUUAGUUGAAAAUCGUUUUGUGUAGCCACCAGUUAAACAUGAUUUCGUUUGGUUUAUGGAAAAUCGCAAAAACUUUGACGAAAAUCGCUAGAGCGCAUGGAUUGGCAGUGCACGGGACGUUUUUCCAUGCGAUAGCUGAACCAACGCAGAUACAAUGAUUUCCUAUGCAUGUUGUGUGGAAUCUAUUAGGCAAAUGCUGAUAAAUAUGGCAAAGAUUUCACAUAGAAUCUAUUGCAGUAUCGAGACAAAGCCGCCAAAAUGAGGAAGAUUAUGAAACAGGGCAAGAUCGUCAUCGUCCUUAGCGGACGUUACGCCGGCCGCAAGGCCAUCAUCGUCAAGACCUCCGACGAUGGCACCCCGGAGAAGCCCUUCGGACAUGCCCUGGUCGCUGGAAUCGAUCGUUACCCCCGCAAGGUGACCAAGAAGAUGGGCAAGAACAAGCUGAAGAAGAAGUCCAAGGUCAAGCCUUUCCUGAAGAGCUUGAACUACAACCACCUGAUGCCCACCCGCUACACCGCGCACGACAUCAGCUUCGAGAAGCUGUCGCCCAAGGACCUUAAGGAUCCCGUCAAGCGCAAGACGCACCGUUUCCAGACCCGCGUCAAGUUCGAGUCUGUCUACAAGGAGGGCAAGAACAAGUGGUUCUUCCAGAAGCUGCGAUUCUAAGCCGAAGCUCAUUAUUGCUGCUGGAUGAAUGUCGUCGCUUUUUUUAAGGAUUAAUAAACAAAGAAGUAAUUCUGAUAAAAAUGACCGAA